AUGUCGCCGUCAAGAAACAUCAUAUCGCGGCUGGGGCUUGUGCGGCCCAGAGCGGCUUUAUCGCAGGGGAAAUGCUGUCGACGAUGUUUUGCCAGUGUCACUGAAGCUGGCCUGGAGGAGCAGUGGCCGCAAAGAACGCCUCUGGGAGCAUACUACCAAACGAUUUUCGAAAAUCCUACUUUCUCCAUCCCCACGGACCCAACUCUGAAACCUCAAGACGCUACUCCCAAAAUCUUCUCUACCAUAUCACCUCAACAAACAUCGGCACCAGCAACCCCAGAAGCAAGAGCACGAGUCAUCUUCGGCUCUCGUCUCCUCGGCCCCGCGGAAGAAGCGGACCGCCUUGCCACCAAGAAAGCAAAAUCUACCUACAUCGCCGGCAUCCUGAUCCCUCCUCGCCCGGAAGAGCCCGACAACUGCUGCAUGAGCGGGUGCGUCAACUGCGUGUGGGAUCGUUACCGAGAGGAUUUGGAAGAAUGGUCGGCAACCAAGGCUGAAGCGAAAGCGCGAUUAAAGGCUGGAGGUCGCACCAUGGAUGCCGAUGGCGGUCGGUCGGAUGCAGUUUUGGCGGCCGACAUCUCGAAAGACAGAUGGGAUGAGGAGGCCUUUCAAAAUGUUCCGGUUGGCAUCCGCGAGUUCAUGAAGCAGGAGAAGCGGCUAAAGGAGCGACACCAGCGAGAAGGAACACUCGGUGGCUGA